AUGCCUGCCAAAGCUUCUGGGUCUUCACUUGUGACUCGCACUCGAGCGCACCAAGCUUUGUCCCAAGCGGCUCAUAGUCGUCCGUUUCGCGUGGGAAGCGACGGUUUGCCGCUGUUGCCGUGCCACGAUGCGCCUGUGUGCACCGUACCCACCUCAUCGCCUUCCCCACCUGCUGUCGCGCUGUUCGGCCACGUUGACACGAAACAGAACGUGCGCGCGCAGCUACUUGCGCAAUACAGUCGCUCGCAACAGCUUGAGCAGGUGAAUGAGAUGACACUACGCAUCGACACAGAGCUUGAGCUAUUGCGGCGUAGCUGCUUCGCCGCGCGCAACGCACUGUGGGCAAACGUUACACCAGACGAGUUUGAGUUCCAGCCAGUGCCUAGCGACACGUGGACGCCCCAGCCAGCUAAUGACAAGCUUUCGUUGCGCAAGAUGAAGAUAAAUGGAGCGCUGGAUGGUAGCGGAAGAGAAUUCUAUCCGCCUAUUAAGACGCAUGUCAAGGAAGUGGAGGCCGUUGAGUACGUACGUGAUCGGCCUUGGCCUCCUCAAGAGUACGCAUUAAAACCAGUAGCAAAACCGAUGAGGGGUAGAGGUGGUAAGCGCAAAGCUGCACCAAUGGCAGCGGUACUUGAACCGAUGCCGCUGCUAGCUAGGACGUGCCGAGAGUGCAAGACCCAGUCAACACCACUGUGGCGCACACACACAAAGACAGUGAAGAUCAGGAAGCAUGUGCUAAAAGAGAAUGCAUUCAAAAACGUUGCAACAGAUUUGGCUAAUGCAUUUGUAGCACAGAAUAUGGCCAUGAUGACACCGCAAAUGCUGGAGUUGAAAACGGUAAACGAGAAGAUUGAUGUUGAUGUGUGCUUGGCAUGUUCAUUGAAGCUGAAAAGAGCGGAUUUGUUUGAUAAAAAACGUCUUGAGAAGAAGCGACGAGAACGACAGAAGAAGGGCCAUGUAGCGUCAGCAGCAGUGGGAGAAAAAAAGCGGAAUCGGCAACAGAUAUCUCUUAAGAAGCAUAAGAAACAAGAGGUAUCUACACAACAAGGAAAUGGAACUGAUCGUGAAAUAGAGGACGAGAAGAAAGAUUCUUCGACUCCAGUGGUAAUGCUCAAAUUUUCAAAAGAAGAGAUUAAAGCUGCAACGGGAUCGUCAAGAGAGCGACUGGAGAACCGCAAACAUAGUAGGAAAGAUAAAAAGAAGAAGAAAAAACACCGUCGUAAGCGCGAACAAGUGGAUGACACAGAAUGCGAUUACGCGACUUUAAAUCCGUCGUCUGAGCAGAUAAAUGGACAUGAAUAUGCGGAAGGUGCAGUAGAAUCAGGCAUCACUUCGCAAGAUUUGGCGCUCGAAGACGAUGCUUCCACACGUUUGAAAGCGCUGAAGGUUGAUGCUGAACCAGAACCUAUAGAAAGCGGUUUUCAAGAGGAAGAAGAGGAAGUUGCCGUGCCUGCAAGAUCUUCCUCUCGAAAGAGGAAGAGUGUGCAAUAUACUGAAUCGCCUGCUGUGGUGGAAACAUCUGUAUCUGCUUCAAAGAAACGCAGAACUUCUCUAUCUCGUACAUCGCGAUCAACUCGAGCGGCAAGUGCAGCAGCUGCUCCAGCCGCGGAUACUCCAGCAUCUACUGGUAUAAAACGGUCACGAUCGAAGAAGGAGCUCACUCGUGAACGUGAGCUUCGUGCGCGUGGUCAAUAUUGCCCCGUAUGUAAUGAAGUCUAUGAAGAUGAUGAUCAAAGUACUUUUAUUUGCUGCGACUCAUGCGAGUUGUGGGUUCACGGUGCCUGCGACCCAAGUCUUAGCGCAGAACUUAUUGCAGCCAUGGCUAAAACCGAAGACAAAUAUAUUUGUCCGUUAUGUGCUGGACGCUCAACCAUAGACUUUGUCUCAAUGUAUGCUCUGCGUCGAAUCCGUCGCCUCUCUACGGCAGCUCCGCGCAAAGAAUAUCCAACGUCCUUUAUCUCGCAUCUGCGCACACAGAAGCUUAACGUGUUCAACAUUGGCGUGGCAUUUCUGACGCUAUCCCUGUCGUCUCAGAUGGUUUCGUACAAACAACGUUUCGAGGCAGCGGUGAAUGACAAAGAGAAGCUUGUUCAAAAGGUAGAAGUGCUGGAAAAGCUCGUAUUGGAUCUAGGCGGGCAUUUGCCGGAUGACGAUUCUAAAAAGGUAGAUGCUAUGGCCCUGCACGCUCGUGAUGAUACGACCGAGGCCCUAGCUUCUUCAUCAGCUGAAGAGAUCAAGAGCAAGAAAUACAAGCUUAUUUAG